AUGAGCACGUUGGCUGGACCCGUCCCAAGGAUGAUGCGGCCAGCCCCAGGACAGAAUUACCCUCGCAGCAGCGGGUUCCCAUUGGAAGUGUCAACGCCUUUAGGUCAAGGGAGAGUGAACCAGCUCGGAGGAGUUUUUAUAAAUGGCCGGCCUCUGCCAAAUCACAUCAGGCACAAGAUAGUAGAAAUGGCCCAUCACGGCAUCAGACCGUGUGUCAUCUCCCGGCAGUUGAGGGUCUCCCACGGUUGUGUCUCUAAAAUCCUCUGCAGAUACCAGGAGACGGGCUCCAUCAGGCCGGGGGCCACUGGGAGCAAACCCAGGCAAAUGGCAAUACCGGACGUGGAAAAAAAGAUCGAGGAGUACAAGAAAGAGAAUCCUGGAAUGUUUAGUUGGGAAAUCCGGGAUAAGUUAUUGAAAGACGGCAUGUGUGAUCGGAACACCAUUCCCUCAGUGAGUUCAAUAAGUCGCAUUCUGAGGAGUAGAUUCGGAAAGAAAGAGGAGGAAGAGGAAGACUGUGAAAGGAAGGAAUAUGAAGACAGCGAUAAAAAGACCAAACACAGUAUAGACGGCAUUCUGGCAAGCAAGGCGCCUGUAGACCCGGCAAAUAAUUCAGAUGAAGCAUCAGAUAUUGACUCAGAGCCAGACCUGCCUCUAAAGAGGAAACAGCGUCGCAGUCGCACAACAUUUACAGCAGAACAAUUAGAGGAAUUAGAAAGAGCAUUUGAGAGAACUCAUUAUCCAGAUAUCUACACUCGAGAGGAACUUGCACAAAGAGCUAAGCUUACAGAGGCACGAGUGCAGGUUUGGUUCAGCAAUCGUCGAGCUCGUUGGAGAAAACAAGCAGGAGCCAAUCAACUAUUGGCAUUUAAUCAUUUGAUUCCUGGAGGAUUCCCACCCACAGCAAUGCCAGCGCUGUCUCCUUAUCAGCUGUCUGAUGCCAGUUAUCCUCCUACAUCCAUACCACAGGCAAUCUCAGAUCCAAGCAACACAGUUCACAGGCCACAGCCUCUGCCUCCAACAUCAGUUCACCAGAGCAGCCUCCCUUCGACUCCAGACAGCAGUUCUGCUUAUUGCUUAUCCACCAGCAGGCAUGGAUUUUCAGGGUACACAGACAGCUUUGUGUCUCCUGCAGGGUCUGCCAAUCCCAUGAAUCCAACGGUUAGCAACGGCCUCUCACCUCAGGUAAUGGGUCUCCUGGCAAAUCCUGGUGGUGUUCCGCAUCAACCACAAACUGACUAUGCUCUAUCACCACUAACUGGAGGUCUGGAACCUUCCACUUCAGUAUCUGCCAGCUGCAGUCAGCGGCUGGACCCUAUGAAACCUCUUGACAGCUUACCCACCACUCAAUCAUAUUGCCCAUCAACUUAUAGCUCCUCAGGUUACAGCAUGGAUGCAGUCGCAGGAUACCAGUAUGGACAAUAUGGGCAAAGUGCCUUUCAUUAUCUGAAGCCAGAUAUAGCAUGA